UCUAAUUCCGGAAGUCCCGCCCACCAGCAUGACAAAGGGAAACAUGGCUGCUUCCGCCAACAACAAUUUAGACUUUUCGGCGUCCGUCGCCGGGAUUUUGAAUGAAAAACACAGUCCUGAACAUUUGCAGGCGCUGAAAUCUUUUACUGCUGCACUACGAGAGGAGGAAUACAGAGAUGCUGUGGAGGAGGAUGUGUUCUCCAGUCUUCUCGCACUCCUCAUCCAGCUGCAGACAGAGCUGCAGUCUGCAGACAGGGAUGCAGGAGCCCUGGAGUCUGCAACCCUGCAGCUGCAGCUGACUGCAGAAUGCUUCAGGGCCCAGAGGAACUCCUGUGUUCACAGUGCACGCAACCAGAAACUAUUCAGGGAUCUUGGUUUCAUUGAUGAGUCCUUUAAACUAUUAAGUUUUCUUCUCCGCAACCUAAAUUUGGGGAUAGACGCCAUAUUUGAGCCUCUUCGUUGUGGGAUCCAGUUUCUCGGUAACCUGGGAGUGGGAAACCCCUCGUGUCAGGAUGACAUUUGGCAGUUAAGCUUCCCUGGUGUUUUUUUGCAGCUGCUCAGCGUCGACGAUGAUAAAGUGAUGAACUACACAGCAAUGGUUUUCCACACAUGUCUGGAUGAGGCUAAAGUGGAAGAUCUGUCAAAGCCGCAGAACAUCAAGCUGGCGCUGAAGGUGAUGGAGCUCUGCAGAACCCAUCCCGAAGUGGACUGGACGGUGCUCAUAGCUACUCAGCAUUUCCUCAAAUCUGCAGCUCUAGUGGAAAGCAUGUACUCUCAGAUGGAUCACCAAGAAAGGGUUACUCUGUUAGAGCUACUGCAGGCUCAGCUGAAAGAAGAGGAGUUCGAGGGCUGCGGCAUCCCCCCCAGCGUGGCUCGCUUCCUGGCCAGCUCCUUUCAGACGGGGUGUGGAGCUGUGCUCUCGUUAGCGACCGGUUCUGGUUCUAACGAUGAGGUCCUGCAGGAGGCGCUGACGGUGAUCAGCCUGCUGGAUGUGCUGUGUGAGAUGACCUCAGACCACAAACAGUUCAUGUUUCUCCAGGACCAACCCGACUUUUUACUGACCACAGUUGAGCUGCUGCAGCAGGUGCACGCCAUAGGAAAAGCAAGUAAGAAUAUCUUCAGCGCCGCUCAGAACUUCUCCUCCUUCAGUGAAGGCAGCGACGCUUCUCCACACUCUCCUGUCAUCAGCUUUAAAGCUCACCUCAUCCGCCUCAUAGGAAACCUGUGUCACCGCAACACCAGCAACCAGAACAAGAUCUUGGACAGCUGCAACAUAGACAGCAACAAUCCUUUCAUCAGCCAGUGGGCCAUCUUCACCAUCCGGAACCUUCUGGAGAACAACGAGCAGAACCAGGAGCUGGUGGCCUCUCUGGAGCAACGCGGCCCAGUCGACUACUCUGCUCUCAGGGAGCUGGGCUUCCUGGUGGAGGAGCGAGAUGGAAGCUUGCUGCUGAAAACCGGUGUUGCAGCAGAAGCAUCACAGAGAAGGUGAGCAGACGCGGACGAACAAAAGACGACUGGAAAAGGAUGAUGGAUCUGUGAUACGUACAACCCCCAGUGAAACGAGUGACCUGAUGUGGGCUUUAUACAUGCCUAAUUUGAAAGGCUUCUGCAGAGGACAGCAUUGGAAGGCUAUGUGGGCUGCUGCCUCCUGAUGGCUCCAUCAGUUAAACGCCAGAGAUUUACUCCGGAUAGGCGAUUACCCCGGUGUCUCCAAAGCCAUCAAAGACUCAGGGGCUUCGAGGUGGAGAAACGCGAGAGGAGGCGAGCCGGCAGACGGCGGAGCACCAGUACCACAGAGGGAAGUGACCCGCCUGCUCCAGGUGACACACAGGAAGUACUCCAACUACUUUCUCUGAUUCAAAACACUUUUAUAUUCAUAUGGAUUUGGGAAGAAAAGCUCCCUUUUCUGUAAUAAAACCCCUCACAGUCCUAAACAUUUUAGUUUUUAGUCAGGUGUGUGCGUACAGUAUUGUCUGUGUUUUGAGUUCCUGCAGGUCAAAGUUCUACCCGGUAACAGGAGACGGCAGAUAAACUGUCCUUUGGGGUGAGGUAGUAGGUUGUAUAGUUUUAGGGUCAUUCCCAUGCUGUCAGAUGACUAUACAACUUACUGUCUUUCCUGAAGCGACUGUAAAAGCACCUUCAUCCUCCUCCUCUUCAGAGCGCUGGAAAAUAUUCUUUUUCUUUUCUCUAUUCAUGUUGGGCUCAUUUUUCAUAUUUGAAUUUGAAGUUUCUUAGAAUACAUAGUUGUUGUUAAAUUGUCUGAUUAAUGUUUUAUGCUACGUACACACCGGUCAUGUGAUGCGCGUUCAAGAACUCGCUAAACAGGGAUUCUUGAACACGUGUUUAGCAUAGCUGUUGCUACCUGAUACUAGCACAUGUACUCACAGUUGGAAGAGGCUUAGGCUCUGUCCAGAUUUCUACACUACUUGGUGCACUAUAUCGUGCGUUCACCAUUUUCCCAAUCUACAAUUCCAAAAUUGAGUUUCCUAGAAAUUUCCCAGAAGUCUUUCUGAAAAAUCAUUGUGCAUUGAUGCUCACUACAUUAGCAAAUAUAGACCACAAUGCAUUGCGGUCAAACAAUUUUUGCAAAAAAAGACAACGUAUUUACAUGUAAAUAUUUAAUAAACCAUCACAUUUCCAGAAGUCAGUGGAGUCACAAAAAGACCAAAUAAUUUCAAAACCAUGUGCUCUAGAAAUUUUCCAGAAUUCUCUGCAAAAAAAUAUAUACUAACCACAAUGCAUUGCGUUUGAGCAAUAUUUACACCAAAAAAGCAUUUUUUAAUAAGCCAUUAACGUUUUCAUCAUCAACACAGUGGAUUCAUAAGUAGUUGUCGUAACAUGAUUGUAUUGAUAAAGUCUACACUUUGUGAAAUUGGUGACUCCAUAUUUGCCGUUUGAAGAAAAAAAAGUCUCUGAAUUGCUUUUAGAAUCCAGGGUAUUAGAUAAUCCUGCACUAUAUAGUUUUUUAAUAGUCAGAGCGUUAGCAGGGAAUUUGGACACAGUCUUAGUGUGAAAUGUUAAAGUAAAUCACACAAAUGUUUCUUUCACGGCUCUAUUCUGAUUUAUGAAAGACAUGUCAUUUAAUUCUGUCUGAGGAAAAACCACAAUUAUUCAGUCAUCCGAAAUUAUCAAUUUUUAAACAAAAGAACACUAUCUAUACAUUCCUACCAAAUCUGAGUCCCUGAUUGGUCAAGGUUUAACUUUUGAGGUACGUUCAAUGUUUCAUACGUAGAUCACGAAAGCGAACCUAAAAGCUUUUGAAGUGACGCGUGAAUGUGAAAGUUUUGAAUGUGGAAGCCCAAAAUCCACAUUUACAUCGACUUUUCAUUGGAAGUAGUCACUGGAACUCACAUUUCCCAUCCUGGUGUGAACGUAACAUCAGUUAUUGUAUGCUCAGCUACUUGAAGCAUUGAUGUGGUUGAUGGGGAAGAUUUCAAAUUAAUUGAUCUUUUUCAUGAUGGCAGAAUAUAAUAUUCUAGUAUUUCCUGUUCUAGCAAAGUGUUUUCCUAUCAGAAUAAGACGUCACUCUGCCCGGCGACUCAUGGUGCUCGUACAGGGUGAGGUAGUAGGUUGUGUGGUUUCAGGGUUGUGAUUUUACCCCAUAAGGAGCUAACUAUACAACCUACUGCCUUCCCUGGAGGGCAGCAAUACAUCACAAUUAAGUCACUUUUUAAAAGUGAAAGAUUUCAGCUGUGAUUGAUUCUCAUGAUCAUUAUGUGUACUUUGCUCUUUGAAGAUAUGACAAUGCACAUUUCUGUUUUGAUGUUUUCCUCAAUAAAGAUUUGACUUCUUUUUUGGCAAAGAAA